AUGUCGAUUCCGAGCUCAAAUUGGCAGACCCGCGCGGCGGAGAAGCGCAAGAGCCUUCUUGCCAGUAUACGCGACGAUUGGAAGCUCUCACCAGAGGACCUGGCGAAAGCAAAAAGCCAGCGCGACAUUAGCGGUGUUGUGCCAGAGCACUUGGAAGCCGUCGAAGCGUCGAUCUUAGCCAAAGACGCCCCAGAUAUUGUCAGUCACUUGAAAGACGGGACCUACAGUGCUCUACAGGUCACCACGGCCUUUUGUAAGGCCCCGGCCAUUGCCUACCAAGUUGGCGACUGUCUUCAUGAAAUCUUCUUUGACCAGGCCUUGGAACGUGCCAAGGCUCUCCACGCUGGUUUCAAGGAGACAGGAACGGUCUCUGGACCUCUCUACGGCCUUCCCAUCAAUUUGAAGGACCAGUUUCACAUCAAAGACGUCUAUACGACUAUGGGUUACGUUGGAUGGAUAGGCAGCAACCUCGGCAUCAAGGACCCCAACCAUGCUCACAAGAUCGAGAGUCAUAUCACUACAGGACUUCUAUCUUUGGGUGCAGUGCUAUGCUGCAAAACGGGCCUCCCGCAGACACUUCUCUUUGGUGAGACGAAAAACAACAUCAUCGGCGAAACACUAAACCCGCAUAACCAGAAUCUGUCAUGUGGUGGUUCCUCCAGAGGCAAGGAUGCGCUUCAAGCCUUGGGGGGCAGUGUGCUAGGCGUUGGGACAAAUAUCGGCGGCUCGGUUCGCAUUCCUGCUGCGUUCAACGGAAUCUUUUCCCUCAAGCCUACCCCCGAACGAGUAUUGUACCGAGACGUCGCCAAUAUCAAUACCGGCCAGAAUACAUACCGACCGACCGUUGGUUUCCUCAGCACGUCCGUUGGAGGGCUCGAGCUUGCCCUUCGUGCCGCAUUUUCCACCAAACCUUGGGAGCAGCAGUGGUGCCGAUUCCCUUCCGUCAAGAUGUCUUCGAUGAACAUCGGUGCCAGGCUAAAGGUGGUGGAACAGCUUCAAAGCCGUUAA